AUUCGCUAGUCGACGUCAUACUCCCAAACGAAAGCCAGGAAUUGCCUGAGUCUUCUAAGAAUACGAAACAAGCUUUAAAAAUAUUUGCCGUUCUUACAGCGUUACACUAGACAUAUGACAUAGCAUAUGAUAAAUGCCGCAAAAAGUGCAUAAAAUUUUACAAAUCGCAUCCGUAGUCGCAGCAGUAAACUUUUCUAUUAGCGAUUAUGUCAUAAAAAAAGAUAUUUAAAAGCUACGAAAAGUGCAAUGAACUGCGCAAUACGUUAACCGUAAUUGACUUGUGGCUUGUGACAUCUACGCGAUAUUGUUCAAAAUGUGGUCUGUGUGUGAUGAUGUAGAACGUUUAAAGCCACAAAAACGCGGUUUCUUUCAGUCAAUAUUAUGCUGUUGGCGACGUAAUCGUACAAAAACAAAUCAAAAUGGCACACCAAUCGAUGGUUCAACAACACCGCCACCCCUACCGGACCAACAAAGGUACCUACUACCUCAGAUUAGGCAUUCGGAUAUGCACAAAAAAUGUAUGGUCAUCGAUUUGGAUGAAACCCUGGUGCACAGUAGUUUUAAGCCAAUUCCAAAUGCUGAUUUUAUCGUACCCGUGGAGAUUGAUGGCACCAUACAUCAAGUAUAUGUACUAAAGCGGCCCUAUGUUGAUGAAUUCCUACGGAAGAUGGGUGAAUUGUAUGAAUGUGUUUUAUUUACAGCAUCACUAGCCAAAUAUGCAGAUCCCGUAGCUGACCUGCUAGAUAAAUGGAAUGUAUUUCGUGCAAGACUAUUUAGGGAAUCGUGCGUUUACUACAGGGGUAAUUAUAUUAAGGAUCUAAAUCGUUUGGGUAGAGAUUUACAAAAAAUUGUAAUCGUUGACAACUCGCCCGCAAGCUAUAUUUUUCAUCCAGAUAAUGCGGUUCCUGUCAAGUCAUGGUUUGAUGAUGCCAGCGAUUGCGAACUGUUAGAGCUGAUACCACUUUUUGAGAGACUCAGCAAAGUCGAUUCUGUAUAUAGUGUUUUGUGCAAUUCGAACAAUCCGCUAAAUAAUCACAAUCAGCAGCAGCAGCAGCAGCAGCAGCAGCACCAGCAACAACAAUCAACGCAAUCACAACAACAGUUACAGCAAUCGCAACAAUUGCAACAGUUACCGCAAACGCCACAACAACAACAGCAGCAACAACAGCAACAGCAACAACAGACGAUAACCGCAACAACUAUAAUAACGCAAGCUUCAACCUUAUCAACGCCUACAAUACUGACAUCGCAGCAACAGCCACAACAAACACAACAACAGCAGCAGCAACACCAACAGCAACAACAACAACAACAACAACAACAGCAACAGCAAGGUAGUCCGCCCAAUCAUAAUGAUUUAAAUAGUAAAACGUAACAUCAGUGGGAAUUGAUGUUUAUUAAUAUUUAAUUUUAUUUUUAAUACGGUUUGUCUUCUUUUAGGUUUAAACUUUUAUUGUCUUGUACGUUAAAAAAAAAAAUUUUUGAAACGAAACAGGAAAAGGUUUUAAGCUUUUUUGACUGCAAAAUAUAAUUUUAUUCGAAAAUGUUACAUCACUUUUACGCGCAGACUAUACAGGAUCUAAGAAUCUGUCGUUAAUAGCAAUUGAAUUGAAUCAUGCUCGCGCAUGGAAUGAUUGUCGCUACCCUGCGUAAAUAAACAUUAUCACACGAUACGUAACCUUUCGAAAUACAACAAUUUAUGAUUGAAUUUGUAUCACAUCAACGUUACGAAACGAUGUGUAGUGUUACCAAUGCCCACUAAAAUGUGAACGUCACGUAUAAACACAAGUGGCAAAAAUUCGCCUGGACAAAUAAUUCACGCCGACAUUGACGAAAUUGCUCUGCCCCUGCAUUGCUCACCAAUAGGUUCACUCGUAGGCGCGUGUGCUCUUCUUUUUUUUUACGACUGGACAAAUUUGAUAGGAAUUUUAGGUAGCGUGCGUUGAACUUAUUGACAUUUCAUAACUAAGACCAGUCCUUGUUUUUGCUAUACUAUAAUGAGUUUGUCAAACUCGAAUUAUGCAGCGAACAAAUAUAUUUCAAGUUUUCUAACAUGAAAUCCUGAAGGAUAGGGGAUAUGUUCAUUGUGCCAAAAAGCAAGCAACACCUGCAAGUAGGAGUGUGCAGAGACCUGAUAAAAUAUAUAUAUAUAUAUGUUGUUGAUCAGCAUCAAAUUCUAAAUCAAUUUAAAAUUGUCCGUAUCUGUAUAAUAAUGUGUGUUGGAAAACUCCUCUGGGGCGCAAAAAUGAAGCCUCCGAAAUUUAGGAAAAUAAUUGGGUGAAAGGGCAAGAUAAUAGUGCGAGAAAAUGUGCGAGAAAAUGUGCGAACACCUUUGCCUCUUUGUGCUUUCUGCUUCGCAUUCACGAUCUAGGAAGAAUAGAGAAAAUCGCGCACGCCCGUCCCACUUACAGUUAAACAUUUUUUUCUUUUGUUCUUUUUAAAAUAACAGCGAUAGGAAUAAAAGAUUCCCUCGCAGUCGAACAACAUUUUCUCAUUUUGUUUGAAUUAAUAUUUUCUAAAAAUAUAUUUAUUUAGGAAAGCUUUCUCAAUGCAAUUAACGCAUGUCUAUUGCAUUCAGUGCUGUGAGAAAACGAAAUUAAGCUGGAAUCGAGUUGUAAACUAUAUAAGCAGUGCAUGUAAACUUUUGUUUUUCCAUUUCUUGAAGAAAUGUCAGAGUCGUUGAGCGUUUAAUUUUGCGUUUGUACAGAUUUGCUCUGUAGAGAGAGAGAGUGAGAGAGAGAUAGAGAUAGAGAGAGUGAGAAGGACAGAAAGGUAUUAAAAAUGGAAGACUCGUUAAUUUAUUGCCUUGCGUCGUAUUUCACCGCAAUUUCAAUUUUCAAAAUAAAUUUCGGCGCCGUUUGUUCUCGGUCCCUGCAAUUAUAAUGCACAAUGACCAGUGGCGUUAAAAGUGAUGUGAAAUCAAAUUUGUGUACCAAUGAGGGGACUUAAAAUUUAUAUAUAAAAUAUAUAAAAGAAAAUUUUUUAACAUAUUAACUCAUUUGUAUUCUAUUUUCCU